UGUAGGCAUGUGGUGACGUUUCAGAUAGGAUCAAACUGAUCCUUACACACAGGCAAGAGAAGAAAACCAGCUGUACCGCUUGGGCCGUAUAGAAAAAAUCGUGAAUAGCACCACUUUUGUGAGCAUUUCUGGGAUUUGGUGUAACACACAAGCUGGGAUGCCGUAUGGCACAUGACAAUUUGUUAAAAAAUAAAAAUAAAAAAGACAACAAAACGCUUGAGCUGCAAAUUUAUGAAAAGAGCAACGGUGCAGUAAUGUCAGAGCAUCUGUUGAACACACUGUGACCAUCACCUCGUCGCAUACCCUGUAACUGCUGAAAAUGACCUUGAGAGUCCUGAUCUCCCUGUGUAUCAUCCUUCCUCUGUUCAUGACAGUCUGUGUCUCCAGUCAUACAGAGCUUCAAGGAGUCCUCAUUGUGGGAGCGGAAGUGGUGGACAACGUUGAAAAGUGUACAGGAGCCUGUAAUGAAACAAGGGAAACUGGUAACAGAACAUGCAACUGGCCAGUGUUUGAUAAUGCAACAAGCCAGUGCAUCUAUUUAAACUGUUCCAGUCUAUCCCUAUGUUACACUCUAACUGCUAAAGAUGUAAGCUCAGCUAUACUGCCAACCAAAGUGCCAGCAGUGUUGGUAACAACAGUACCCACUGUCACAGUUACAACAAACUCCACUUCUACUAUAUCCUCACCCACCAAUUCCACAGCAACCACCACAAGAAGCCAGACAUCCCUAAGAAAUGGAUCGUCCCAAACAAACUCCAUCAGCCUCAACACCACAGAAUCUAGAAAUGAAAUGGGCCAUUCAUCUCCACCACCCCAGAACGCAACUACAACAAUAUACACUGAACCUUCUGCAGCCAGCCCUACCUCGCAGAACCCACCUGCCACUACUAAUGCAGUACCAAGCACAACCCCAAACACAACCCUAAACGAGACACCAGUGGAAACCACGUUAUCAACAGGCAUGCCGUCCCCUGCAACCCACACAACCCUCUCUGUGAUCCCUGCAUCUACACCACCAGUGCAGCAGGAAAGUAAAUCGGCUCCUCUGCCUGAGGUAGAUGCAACCGUUGCAAGUGAAGCCACCAGUAAUGUAAUUCCAACCACUGCUGCUGAAGCAACUACACAGCAGGCAGCCCAGACCAUACAGGAAUAUACUUCUGCACCCAACAAGAAGCCACCACCACCUUCAACAGUGGUCCUGAACCCACCAACAACUACAGAGCGUGCAGCAACCACAACUCUGCUAAGAGUCAUGUCAAAAACCCCCCCAGAUAAAACCACUGUGGCAGAUAGCAGUGUUUUGAUUGCCGUGGGGCCUCUCACAAUGCAGCUGGUGGAUACCAGCUCGCUCUUAGCUGUGUUUUUCUUUGGACUGUUGUUUUUCCUGCUUACCAUCAUAUUGUUUGUCUCCCUAGCCUACGAGAGCUAUAAGAAGAAGGACUAUACACAGGUGGACUAUUUAAUCAAUGGAAUGUAUGCAGAUUCUGGAGUGUGAUGGUGUUGGGUACUGAAAUUCUUUUUGAUUUUUUUUUUUCACUUGUUGAAAGGUUUUUGAAAGGUUUUUUUGUUCUGUUUUUCCUUCAUCAGUGCUUCCAGACUACCUGUUGACUCGGCAAAGCAGUUGAUAAUUGCCUUUUGGAUUUUUCAUGUAUUUAUUGUGCCAAUCUGCUCUCUUGCUGACAAAGCCAUAGGAAUGUGUUUUAUCUUUCUUUUGUUUUUGACAUUCCGUUUGUUGAAGUGGAUGUUGUACGCUAACCUAUGCACAGAGCAUCCUUAUAAAUAUGUUUGCUUAAAGCCAUUUUGAAGAAAAGAGGAUGACACUGAGCAAUUUAGUGCAUUCCUUGAACAGUGAACCAGUGUUUAAGGGUGUUUUAUUAACGCCACAGAUUCUUUGCAAUUUAAUAGAAACCUCAAGCAGGGAAUAAUUCAGAUUUGAAUACCUAUAUUGUGCCAACUAACAUCUGUUUAAUUUCUGUACUGGGUUUUGCAAUAAAACAAAAGUAGAAUAAUA